AUGGUUCUGAGACCCAUCGAGCCGAGAGCGGAAAGUGACUGUGGUGGUGGUUCUACCAUGAGCCAGAAUCCUACGAUAUGCGCCAUGACUAUCGAUAUUGUCCAUUCCAUAUACACGUGCGACCCCGCCAACUAUUUCAUACUCGAUAGAGAAUAUCCACUCGCCUUGUUCAUAGAACAGCUGGACAGAAAAGAUGAAGUAGUGAGAGCUAAAAUAUUUGAACUUGUGGAGCAUUGUGUGUUUCAUCUCAACUACAUCCCGUGCAAGGAGUUAAUAGGAAUCUGUGUUCAAAUGAAGACGGAAUUGGCUGCUGGCCAACAGAAUAUUUGCAUCUCUGGAGUUCAAGCUGCAUUUCGCCUGCUCACUAUCGACUCCGUCAUUAAGGAUGCAUUUCGUGAGGUUGGACUCCUAGACACUCUCUGCUAUAUAACCAACAAUCUGUUCGCGCAGUAUAAACAGCGGAACCUCACUGACAACGAGAAUAAGCUAGCACUGUUGUCUACCGAUCUUCUAACUGUGAUUAUAAAAGGGAACUUGGAGAAUGCUCGAAUGUUUUCCGAUUGCUUCGGGGCUCGUACGUUGCUCAGUUUACUUACCGUAGUGACCGGAGAGUGGCGAAGUAGUAGCUUACAGCUACUAAAACAACUACUUCUGCUAGCUUCUACUGAUCAGUACAUUGCCGGAGUAAUCCAGGUCAUCAGUCAAGUUGGGCCACAGCAGCAACUGGAAUUUAAUGUGGAUCUUUUGAAGACUGUGCUGGGUGUUCUUCGCGAAAGUCACAAGGUGCGGGUGCAGUUUCGGAAAACCGGCGGUUAUCUUGGUCUCAUCUCAAUGCUUCUCGGUUUAGAAGGAGCUUUCUCGAAAAUGGAAUGUGUCAAAGGCUUAGUACCCACUGAAGCUGUGGAGUUGCUUGACUUCAUACACUUGAUAUUCAAAGUGCUGACAAUAAGUAUGAGGUUCGAGCCGUCAAACGCUAAGUAUUUCUCUGUUGAGGUCAGUUGGGACAGCAUCACGACUGUACUUCGAUUAAUGGGUGCAUUCAGCGACAAUACUGUUGUGAAUGUAGCAGAGCCCGAAUGGAGACUGCAGGGUUCUGAGCUGAAGAACGAACUGGCUGCGUGUCAUGCGGUAUUCAAAAUGGACGAAGACAUACAGUCAGGGUCAAUCCCUGCCGGCAUGCCACCGUCGAUCUUUUUUGCUUGUUACAUCAUUCGGCUUCUCUUCAACAUGGCCCUGGAUAACUACGAAAAGAUGUCUUCCGAUGUAACAUGGACAUCAUCAGAGGGUUCAUUGGAAGAUUGCAUCGUCUCUUGGACUUCUUCCGUUCUGGUGCACCCGGGUGCUGUUCAAUCGAUUCUUUCACUUUUGCCGUCAAUACAUUCGGAGAACGUCAAAUGGCUGGUCGGUGCUCAGUAUUAUAGUGGGCUACUGUUGAAGGCGCUUUUGAAACCAGAGAGAAAUCAGCAGCUAAUGUGCCAAGUGGACAUGCCUCGUCAUCUGCUAUCAAUCGCUUCGAAACUAUUCUUGUGUGAAGACCAUAUACUAUUACAUCCAUUCUACUAUGUGCUCGAACGUUUGUCAUAUCAGGCCAUGCAGCCGAGUCAGCUGAGAAAUUUCUUACGCCUCGAUCUGCCCCUUUGUUGUCGUAACCUAGAUGAAACCAACGGUGAUGAACCUCCAAGGGCAAACGAAGGAGGUCCAGUGCCAUUGCAAAGGGUAAAAGCAUUGGUGUCUAUGAUGACUCCACGCGAUCAACGUCUCUCACACGCACCUUCCUUCGUUGAAACCGAUCUAGCUAUGGAAGGAUUUGGUUGUCUGUUCAUACCAUCGCUGGCUCCCCUCUUCUCGUCCAGUCGAUCUGAAAGAGUAUUCCCACCUUUGAAUGGAAUUUCAUUAUCAACGUGGUUGUACAUUGAUGCGUUCUCGGAUAAGAAGGUGGAUGCUCACCCGCUCAGGUUGUUGACCAUUACGCGGACCGUAACGUGGCAGGACGACCGACGGAAGCAGGGACCUUGUCAACUGGCUUGCUUAACGAUUCAGUUCAGCCCGAUCGAUAGAAGUUUACUCAUUUCUACAGAUGAGCAUGAGAAUCCAGGUGGCGAUCUGGAGAAGGAAGCGAAAAUCCCGUCAGAAAAGACCAUACGAGUUACGUUAGCUGAUAUUGUUCGACCGCUGGAAUGGACUCACAUCUGCGUUGUGCUCUCGCGUUCGGUGCUGAAACCCAGUCAGACCAUACGAGUUACGUUAGCUGAUAUUGUUCGACCGCUGGAAUGGACUCACAUCUGCGUUGUGCUCUCGCGUUCGGUGCUGAAACCCAGUCAGGUUAUUGUGUACAUCAAUGGACGUGCGGUAUCAACCCAACGGCUGCAGUACAUCGUUCAAACAGCUGGUGGAGCAGCUACUCAACUAGCUCACACACAUGUUGUGAAUGCUGUGAUUGGUACUCUACCAGCCAUGCGACGGCCUAGCCGCUUACGGUAUCGGCUUGCAUCGACUUUCCUCAUCGAAGAGCCGUUGUCUGCCGAACUUGUGCGGAGUAUUUACGAAUUGCAGCCGCAUUACGUCGGUAGUCUUCAAGCUAUCGGUCCAGAACGAUUAUCUCUUGUGCAGGAGGAAAAGAUAGUUUUCGCUUUAAACGGCAUGGCAACGACCGAGAUGACACUUGCAAAAAUUCGCACCGUGCACAACAAGAUGGAUGCUGAAAUAUUGGCACCUCAUUUGGGCAUAUCCUCGAGUGAUAACAGUACGCCUCUGCGAGUCAUGACCAAUACAGUAGCCCAUGCUCCGGGAGCUGGCAGAGCCUUUGGAGCUGUGAUUAUAGGAUAUCUGGGAAUGCGCACAUUUAUUCCACGACCUGUCCCACGUCUACUUGAUUCCAUGGGUGGAUACGCUUGCCUAUAUGGUCUCGUGGCUAUGGCUACUGAUUCUGAGGGUCUAUACGCCAGCUUGAAAGCCGUUGUGUCAGCUGUGAGAUCCAAUAGCAACCUCCAAGCGACAUUACAUGCAAACAGGGCGUAUCAGACACUGGCAGUGCUUCUCGAAGAUAAGGCAAACCUGUUGAACUCCCAUAUCAUGCAUAUGAUCUUCAGCAUGGCUGGCACUUUAGACACUGCUAGGGAAAUCGCUACUAUACCAAAUGCGCAAGCUUUCGAGGACCUGUUGUGUGACCUAGAUAUUUGGGCGAAUGCACCCGAAGAGCAGCACAGAAUGCUCUAUGAACAUUUCUACGAGUUGAUUACGGACCAUGAAAGGGAAAACCUCGCUAUUGUUCGACGAUCACCACUGCUCUCACGUUUACUGUUUACAAUGUUUGAUCGACCUCAUCUGUUGUGGUCAACGAAUGAGAUUGUGUUCAACUUGUUGUCAGCUAUUGUGCAGCCCCAGUGCGAUAAUCGAAGUAUGCUGAAGCUUGGCGUUGAAGAUCUCGCAUUAGAGUCCAUGUUUUCGUUCCACAUUUCCGAGAUGCAAAACCAACUCCUAGCCAAUCAAAAACCAGAUGAAGAGAAACCGUCGGUGUUAUACUUGGUCUAUGUAAGAAAUCGCCUGUUGAACAUGAUUGCCAACUUCUUGUCGCAUUCCAGUCCACCCCUCAACCAGCAUAUGUCGGAACAAAUAGUCCGUGUUCUUGGGUUCGACUGGAUUUACUGUCUUCUAUCACCUGGCGUGCAUUCGGGAACAGUGUUUCUGGCCCUCAGAAUUCUUCUUACACUCGUUGCUCAUCCUCAUUUGUUGGCGAAAUUCCGAGAGGGCACUGCCAGUGGUGGUUGGUUAACGGACGCGGAUUCUGUGGUGCGGAAUCGAGCUGCUGUGGUAUUGGGCUUCUCUGUCUCUGCCCAUGGUGGGGCAGUUGGCAGUAAAAUAGACAUUAAUCCUGAGCUUCAAAACUGUGCGGGAUUUGCGGCUCUGGAACACCUGAUGGCUGCUCAUGCGGACAAAACACAUGCAUACUUGGCUAUGCUAGCUAUACUUGUUGGACAGCCUGUGAAAGAACUUCGAUUUUGUGAGAGUUUCAAUGUCGACCAGAUAUGGACACAUGUUUUUGGUCUAGCGCUUAAUAGAAAUCGCCUGUUGAACAUGAUUGCCAACUUCUUGUCGCAUUCCAGUCCACCCCUCAACCAGCAUAUGUCGGAACAAAUAGUCCGUGUUCUUGGGUUCGACUGGAUUUACUGUCUUCUAUCACCUGGCGUGCAUUCGGGAACAGUGUUUCUGGCCCUCAGAAUUCUUCUUACACUCGUUGCUCAUCCUCAUUUGUUGGCGAAAUUCCGAGAGGGCACUGCCAGUGGUGGUUGGUUAACGGAUGCGGAUUCUGUGGUGCGGAAUCGAGCUGCUCCUGUGAAAGAACUUCGAUUUUGUGAGAGUUUCAAUGUCGACCAGAUAUGGACACAUGUUUUUGGUCUAGCGCUUAAUAGUUCGGUAUAUGAAGCAAUUAGAUCGGCAGAAUUUUGCUAUGAUGCCCUAAUACCACUUUUGGCGAUGAUCAGAGCUUCCAUCUACUCAGGGAAUGAAUCUCUUCAAGGAUGGCAUAUUGACUAUCCAUCAGCUGUUGUGCAAAUGAUUACAUUCCUGUAUCAGAACUCUCCCAACUUUUUUUCAAUUGCUCACUCGGAGGAAUUCGUGCUCGCAAUGUUUUCCAGUCUAAUCCAGGACACUAAUGCCAUGGGUGUAAGAUCAGAAGCAGCUGACAAAAAUAACGCUGCGACGCCUGAGCUCGAAAAAGUGGAAGGAGUGUUAGCACUGCCAAGUGCAAAGGCCGUUCUUGACUUCAUGAAAAAGUUGUUUUGUGAUGAUUUCCAAGUUGCUCCUGGAAGCCGAGUGGAUAGUUUGAUUGACGUCAUUACGGAAAAUAUAUGCGAGAAUGGGCGGACGAGAAAGUUACAGAUCGUUGCUUUGACAGCUCUCAUUCACGGGAUCUUCGAACAUUUACUAAGUACUGAUUUGCUGGUUUCGUCAUCUCUUCCUCCAAACGCUCCUCCUCAAUCAUUGGCUCAAGUAGGAGUUAACAUUUCAUACAUGGCUCUUCGCGCAGUCGACUGCCUUUGGAAUGGUUUUAUUGUUGGUGAACCUCUAAGAUUGCUACAACUUUUGUACAGUGUGUAUUCUAUUGCUAGUCGAAAAGAGAAUAAGGUUAGCGUGACUACUCUCUCAUUAAUCCUCCUCGUUUACACUGGAACUUUCAUACAGGAAAUCAAUUUGGAUAGUCUAACGUCGUCUAUUAUGCGCUGUGUGCUGUAUAUUUUGAGCCGGCCAAUUGAAAACGUCCAGGGUGAGACACUUUUCCUGUUAUUACGAAAAUCUCAAAAUCUUUCAGUGUUAGCACUGCCAAGUGCAAAGGCCGUUCUUGACUUCAUGAAAAAGUUGUUUUGUGAUGAUUUCCAAGUUGCUCCUGGAAGCCGAGUGGAUAGUUUGAUUGACGUCAUUACGGAAAAUAUAUGCGAGAAUGGGCGGACGAGAAAGUUACAGAUCGUUGCUUUGACAGCUCUCAUUCACGGGAUCUUCGAACAUUUACUAAGUACUGAUUUGCUGGUUUCGUCAUCUCUUCCUCCAAACGCUCCUCCUCAAUCAUUGGCUCAAGUAGGAGUUAACAUUUCAUACAUGGCUCUUCGCGCAGUCGACUGCCUUUGGAAUGGUUUUAUUGUUGGUGAACCUCUAAGAUUGCUACAACUUUUGUACAGUGUGUAUUCUAUUGCUAGUCGAAAAGAGAAUAAGGAAAUCAAUUUGGAUAGUCUAACGUCGUCUAUUAUGCGCUGUGUGCUGUAUAUUUUGAGCCGGCCAAUUGAAAAUGUCCAGGUGCAAAUGUCCGUGUUAGACACCCUCUCCUCAGUUGUGACAAAGCGUUAUAUUUUCCUCUCGUCAAACGAAAGUUGGUUCUUCACAUCUCUCACUCAUCUAGUCUUCAUGCUGAGCGUUGCUGUGUGCGCUUCCCGCGUGUGGACAGAUGUAAUCUCUUCCAAGAAGGCAUUGCUUGAAGAGGCUUUCAAGAAGCCUACCGUUUGUGAACUGAAUGCUGCAAGAGCUCUCCUAGCCAAUGUAGCAGGUCAGCACUGGCAUCAAUUUGUUGACAGUCAACUGUCUGGUACAUAUCAGAAUCACACGAUCUCAAGGGACAUUCAGACUCAAAUUAGUUCGAAAAUUACCCGAGUUGCAUCUGGUCUACAGAAACUGUCAAUGGCAAGUAGGCGAACCUUGAGCUCCCAUGGCAGUGUGACAUCGGUAUUGCCUUGGAAGAAUGUCAGCGUCGAUAAAGAGGAUGCAUUGAUGUCCUGA